CUCGUGUAAACAGCGCCCCCUCCCGCUCGCUCUGUGCACUGCGCCUGUGUGCUGCUUUAGCUUUUGUCGCUUUUUCCAACACAAACCACGAUCAUGGAUGUGUUUCUAAUGAUCCGACGUCAUAAGACCACCAUCUUCACCGAUGCCAAAGAAUCCACCACUGUCUAUGAACUCAAACGCAUUGUGGAGGGCAUCCUGAAGAGGGCGCCGGAGGACCAGAGGCUCUACAAGGAUGAUGUUUUGCUGAACGACUCUCAGACUUUGGGAAACUGUGGCUUCACAAACCAAACGGCUCGACCCCAGGCUCCUGCUACAGUGGGACUGGCCUUCAGGAGCGGAGAGGAUUCAUUUGAGCCGCUCAGAAUCGAGUCAUUCUCCACUCCCCCAGAGCUGCCCGACGUCAUGAAACCUCAAGACUCCGGCAGCACCGCCAACGAGCAGGCCGUGCAGUGAGACCCGGAUUGUAACCAGACUACAGAGAACCCACAAGGACCCCGAAACCCCCAGAGACAGAGGACAAGACCAAAGCCCAACCCAGACCAGAGACCAGACUGACGCCCAGCCAAAAAACAGGCCGUGCAGUGAGACCGGGAUCCUAACCAGACUACAGAGACCCCCCCCCCCCAUGGACCCCCGAGACCAGACCAGAGACAGAGGACAAAGCCAGACCCUACACCCAAGCAGGCCGUAGAGUGAGACCAGACUAAAGACCCUAGACUUGGACCCAGACCCAGACCUAGACUAAACCAGAGGCAUGAAGCGGGGAGGGGGGAUUUACACUGCAAAUUUAAAGGAAUACUUAAAAUUUCUUUUACACAAAUUCAGAAAAAUAAUCUUGAUUUGAGCAGAUUUGACUAAUUGUGGUGGAUUCAUUUAUUUAUUACACCAAGAUCGUUAGACGGGCUCGGGUGGCUAAGCCUUCACCCACGAACCCAGAAGUCAACAAAGUUCUUCACCUUAAAAAGUGCUGCAUUAGGUUGAUGUAUUAUCAAAAAAUAAAUCACAAAUUGUCAAAAAUUCCCAAAUCAAGUUUAGUAUUCUGAGUUCAGGUCAUUUUAAAGAAACACUACGUAACUUUUCUCGUUGCGGGUCCGUCACCUGCUUGUCACCAUGGAUACUAUUGCUUUAUGGUAUGGCAUUAAACUUAACUAUAUUGUAUAUUGUAUUGUAUUUACAGGGGUUUUGUGGUUUUAAUUAAUUGUGUGAGUGGGGGUCGCCUUUCCACAGAUCUUACCGGUAACUCGGCUGGUCGUCUCCACGGAGAUACAUAAGUUUAAUGCCAUAAUGUGAAAUGUUCCAGGCAAAGCAAUAACAUCUCUGUGGAGACAAAAAAGUGGCACAACCUCUUUGAGAAAUGUUACACAGUGGCGCUUUAAAUCUUGGAGAUGAUCCUUUUUUUUGCAGUGUAUGUUUAGUUUUUAGUUUUAAUCAAGAAAAAUGCCUAAAUUUGAGUUAUGUUUAUUAUUGAAAUGCAUUCAAACACUGAUUACCCUUUGAGUAAUGUGAGAAAACAUAAUAUAGGUAGCCAUUUUGAAAGUUGCCAUAAUUGUACAGUAUAAUAAAAUAAAUAAGAAUUAACUUUGCUUAAAAAUAUGAGAAACUUGUCGAAACAACUCAAAUCAGGUAAAAAAAAAUUCAAAUUCAGCUCAUUUAAAACUUUUUCCAGUGUAUGUCAUUAUUGCACUUAAAGAGGGGGUAUUAUUCAAAUUCUAUGUAAUUUAGCGAUCUCUCCUGGGCCCUAUUCGAACCCUCCUUACGCUUAGCUGUACGGUUCUGUUCAAAGCUCCGCCCACAAGCCUACAUCGCCCAUCCACCCGCACAACAAUUCUCCAUAAAUAUACAAAAACAUGAUGCAAAACUGUACACAGCAACUUGACAAACCUGAUGUGGUGUGCAGUAGUUUCAUUAGUGGGGGGUGGGGGACUUAAUACGGAGAGCAAAUGGAGGGGAGGUUCAGACCAUCAAAAACGAAAGUGAAUAAAAUACCCCCUCUUUAAAUAAUUAUUGCCCUAAAUUUGUAAACGAUUGUACCUUGUUCUAUAAGAUUUCAUUCUAGUCUUUAUUUGAGGUGAGGUUAACUCUGCCUUACUGUUGUUUUUUAAUAUUUCGCUGGCUUAAAUGUGAGGAAGAUAUGUGAUUUUUUUAGGUUUUUAUUUUGUGUUAUAUUAAACUAUGCUAAUGUUUAUUUGACCUAAGUAAGGACAAGUGUUUCGCGCUAGUAGUUUUGUGGGAUCUAUUUAGUCAGAAUUUGAAGUUUAAAAUACAUUUGCAGGAGGAUUUUGGAGAUUUCUUGGUACGUAUCCCAAUUUUCGGGGUUUGAAGCUGGUUAAAAUGUUACUGAAAUCAAAUGUAAAUGUUUUCUGCGGCGAAGGCGACUGAAUCUGAGACAAAGGUGGUGAAUGCCUCAUUAAAACGAUGUCUUGCAAUCAAUUUUCAAGUUUGAAGCUCCUAUAUUAUAACAGGCUUUGCUCUCUAUAACCCCGUUCUAAUGUGGUUUCUUGCUCAAAAACAUCCCUUGAGUUGCGUUUUGUUUUAUUCACACAUUUUUCACUAAUCACGCAGUUUCAGUACACUUUGUGAUGUCAUCAGGUGGUAAUCUAGAAUGUGUGUGUGUGUGUUUUUUUAAAGUUCCUUAAAGGUCCAUUCAUUUUCAGCUCAAAUUGCCUUCACUACAACUCUAAUGCUAGCAGCUAUUGUUUUGAGCAUAUUUUACACUGCUUCACUCUUUGGUGCAUACGCUGGUGGAGUCCUUUGGCACCCACUUGUGUCCAUUCAUUUAAAGCCACAGUAUGUAACUUUUUAGCUAAAAUAGACACAAAUAAAGGCAUGUUUUGUUUUGUUUUUUCCAAUUUGGUUGUGUUUAUUCCUCAGAAAAAACAAACAAACCAAACAUAUCCUUACAGUGCAAUCAUGCAGGUGCUGUACCACCCUCAGAAAGUUACAUACUGUAUCUUUAAGCUAAAACAUUAAAUGCCCAUAUUUUAAAAAUCAGGAACAUUUGGCAUUUAAACACAAACUGUUGAUUGUAAUACAUUUUAUGGGGCUUAUUCAUUUUGUCUUGUUAAUUCAUCCAAUUUGUUCUUUCAUUUUCCAAAGCAAAGUUAUUUUAUUCUUUGUUUUGGUUGACUUUAUGUUAAAAUCUUUUACUCUGAUAUUCGUUGGGAAACCUGCCCAGGACCUGCCCAUGUCUGCAGCUUGUGUGGCUACUACACUUUUACGACCUUAUUCAAACCUUGCUUUCCUCGUUGUUACGGCUGUAUUAGAAGUUUUUCUCCAAGCAAAGUGACAAUGGAAACAAACACUGGCUCGUUGUUAUUAUUAUUAUUAAAUAUCAUUUGUUAUUUAACUGGGACAGACUUAAAGGUCAAUGAAUGAUAAUGUCUUGAUGCAAAAAAAAAAAAAGACAAAAUUGAAAAUGUUGAAUGGAAGUUGCUCUUGUUACAGAUUUAUCAUUAAAGCAAACUGUUUUUACCU